AUGGAGGUCUUAUCUACUUCCUCGCUUCUAACGCUUCACUCUCGCCGCCUGGCUUCUUCCUCCUCGAACCGUAUUGACUCUUCUUCUUCUUCACAUGUUGCUUCCUUCGCCGCUUCUUCGCUUUCCUCUUUCGCUUCAUCGUACCUCGGAGUCUCCCUCUCCAAUUGUAAGAUCCAACGCUUCUCCACCACUGCAACAAACUUCCACCGAUUCCCGCCGAAGAAACGAAAGAAAUUCACCCCGAUUUCAGCUGUAUUCGAGCGGUUCACGGAACGAGCGAUCAGAGCUAUAAUCUUCUCUCAAAAGGAAGCUAAAUCGCUGGGUAAAGACAUGGUCUACCCUCAGCACCUUCUCCUCGGCCUUAUCGCUGAGGAUCGCGACCCUCAAGGGUUUCUCGGAUCCGGAGUCACCGUAGACAAGGCCCGUGAAGUUGUCUGGAGUAUCUGGGACGAAGCUAAUUCUGAUUCCAAUUUGUCCAAACAGCAAGAAGAAUCCUCGACUUCCUCCUACUCCAAGUCCACAGACAUGCCUUUCUCCAUCAGUACGAAACGGGUCUUCGAAGCUGCGGUGGAGUACUCCAGGACUUUGGAUUGUCAGUAUAUUGCUCCCGAGCAUAUCGCCGUCGGGCUCUUCACCGUUGAUGACGGUAGCGCCGGCAGAGUUCUCAAGAGAUUGGGAGCAAAUAUGAAUCUGCUCACAGCAGCCGCACUCACCAGACUUAAAGGAGAGAUUGCCAAAGAUGGAAGAGAACCACCUUCUUCCCCUAAUGCUCGAAUUGUUGGUCCUGGAAGAACGAAAACGAAAAGUGUUCUGGAGCAGUUUUGUGUGGAUCUUACAGCACGUGCUGUUGAGGGACUUAUUGAUCCUGUUAUUGGCCGGGAAAAGGAAGUUGAAAGAGUCAUCCAGAUACUUUGCCGCAGAACCAAAAACAACCCGAUUCUUCUCGGUGAAGCUGGUGUUGGGAAGACCGCCAUUGCUGAAGGACUAGCAAUUAGUAUUGCAGAAGCUAAUGCUCCUGGGUUUCUCUUGGGCAAACGCAUCAUGUCCCUGGAUAUAGGACUGCUAAUGGCCGGUGCAAAAGAAAGGGGAGAACUGGAGUCACGUGUCACUGCUUUGAUAAGCGAAGUUAAAAAAUCAGGCAAGGUCAUUCUAUUCAUAGAUGAAGUGCACACUCUUAUUGGGUCUGGCACGGUCGGAAAAGGAAACAAGGGGUCUGGGCUUGACAUUGCUAACCUCUUGAAACCAUCACUUGGAAGGGGUGAACUUCAGUGCAUUGCAUCCACAACCCUUGAUGAAUUCAGGAGUCAGUUUGAGAAGGACAAAGCACUAGCAAGGAGAUUCCAGCCAGUGUUGAUUGACGAGCCAAGCAAGGAAGAUGCGGUGAAGAUUUUGCUAGGCCUUCGUGAAAAAUACGAAGCACAUCACAAUUGCAAAUAUACUAUGGAAGCCAUAGAUGCUGCAGUGUACCUUUCAUCACGAUAUAUCGCUGAUAGAUUUCUUCCAGAUAAAGCUAUCGAUCUCAUUGACGAGGCAGGAAGCAGGGCUCGUAUUGAAGCUUUUAGAAAGAAAAAGGACGAUGCAACCUGUAUCCUUUCGAAGCCACCGGAUGAUUACUGGCAAGAGAUCAGAAUUGUUCAGGCCAUGCACGAAGUGGUUCUAUCAAGCAGGCAGAACCAGGAUGAUGGUUCAGAUGAGUCUGGUGAACUAGUUGAGGAGUCUUCUCUGCCGCCUGCAGCAGGCAAUGAUGAGCCUAUACAGGUGGGACCUGAUGAUAUCGCAGCUGUUGCAUCGGCUUGGUCUGGAAUUCCAGUUCAGCAGAUCACAGCAGAUGAGAGAAUGCUUCUUAUGGGUCUAGAAGAGAAGCUUAGAAGCAGAGUUGUUGGUCAGGAUGAGGCUGUAGCUGCCAUAUCUAGAGCUGUGAAGAGGUCAAGGGUCGGCUUAAAAGAUCCUGAUCGCCCCAUUGCCGCUAUGCUGUUUUGUGGACCUACUGGAGUUGGGAAAACAGAACUCACAAAAGCUCUAUCAGCAAAUUAUUUUGGAUCGGAGGAAUCCAUGCUGAGAUUGGACAUGAGUGAAUACAUGGAGCGUCAUACUGUGAGCAAGUUGAUAGGCUCACCUCCCGGAUAUGUUGGUUUUGAAGAAGGUGGAAUGCUUACUGAAGCAAUCAGGAGACGUCCUUUUACAGUGGUUUUGUUCGAUGAGAUAGAGAAAGCCCAUCCGGAUAUCUUCAACAUUCUUCUCCAGCUGUUCGAAGAUGGACACCUAACCGAUUCACAGGGAAGGAGAGUAUCUUUCAAGAACGCACUGAUCAUAAUGACCUCUAAUGUCGGGUCAUCAGCCAUUGCCAAAGGAAGACACGGGUCUAUAGGUUUUAUCCUCGAUGAUGACGAAGAGGAAGCAUCUUACGCUGGAAUGAAAGCUAUGGUUGUUGAAGAACUCAAGAACUAUUUCCGACCUGAGUUGUUGAACCGGAUAGACGAAAUCGUCAUUUUCCGACAGCUUGAGAAGGCUCAGAUGAUGGAGAUCCUGAACCUGAUGCUACAAGACUUGAAGUCGAGGCUUGUGGCACUUGGAGUCGGUUUAGAGGUUUCUGAACCUGUCAAGGAGCUUAUAUGCAGACAAGGCUAUGAUCCAUCUUACGGUGCACGGCCACUCCGUAGAACAGUCACAGAGAUUGUGGAAGAUCCACUCAGCGAAGCCUUUCUUGCUGGGAGCUUCAAGCCCGGUGACACGGCUUUUGUGGUUCUCGAUGAUACUGGAAACCCUUCGGUUCGGACCAAACCAGAUUCUUCCACCGUACGAGUUACGGACAAGAAAUCAAUCGCAUAGUUUACACCAUUGCAGGAUUGUAUAUAAAGAUUCUUUGGUUAUACUCACUCGUCUGAUACUUGAAUCUCAAUUGCUUGGUGCAAACCUGUAUAUAUAAAGAUACAUAGUGGAUAGUCGUGAGGUAAUUGUAUUAACUAUUAAAUUAUUAAGGAUUUGUUCCUACUUGAAUUAUA